GUAAACACGGCAGAGUCUGGAAAUCCAAAAAAUUAUGUAGCAAAUUUCAUUGAAGACAAAGAACCUUUUCAUUCCAGUUUCGAGGAAGAACCUGAUGCCAGAGACUUUUUCUCUGAAAUGCAAGCUUCGGCCAGAGCUAGAAAAGGGAGAAAAAAUACGGGUCAAUGCUUCAGAUCCAGAAUAAUUUCCUUUCAGAUAUAGAGAGAAAAAAGAGAAAUCGAGUUAUUAAGAAGAGCAAGCCGGGAUUGGAAAGGAAAAAGAGUGUAGAGAUUGACGUUCAAUCUUUAUCAGACUCUGGUAUUUCUAAUAGAAGAAAAGUUUUAAUUCGAGAAGCUGAGAGAACCCUGAAUCUAGGAAAGAGUUUGGGAAUUACAAUUAUUGGAGAUGAAAAGGAAUUUAUUGAUGAAUUGGUAAGAAUAGAAGAAACUUUCAGUCGAAGAAGAAGGUUGCAGGCUGAAGGUUCACUCUUUCAGGAUCGUUGGAGAGCAUCAAGUUUAUUAGGAGCAAGGGGUGAAGCGUGACUUGAGAAGAUGGAUUUUAAUCUCUUUGUGAAAACUUUAUCAGCAGAGAAUUGGUCGGGUUUGUAUUUGCGAUAUGAUGCAUUUUUAAUUGUUUUGUUCAAUCGCCUUUUAGAUGAUAGUUCGUAAAAUCAGUUGUCGAGGUGUAACUGUUACCUAGUUGUGUUGUACUCUUUUCCUCUAAUUAGGUAUAGGGAGGUUUUUAAUGAGGCACACAACUUAAGUGUUGGAUUUGCUUCUUCAAAUCCUUAAUAAAACAAAUUUUUCCGAGAAAAAAAAAUAAAAAAUAAAAAGUUCAAGCACUAUUCCAGAGCGUAGC